AUGAAGACUGACUUUCAGUUCUCCAACCUGCUGGGUACCGUCUACAGCAGAGGCAACCUUCUCUUCACACCAGAUGGCACAUGUCUGCUAUCGCCGGUUGGUAACCGCGUCACUGUAUUCGAUCUUGUGAACUCCAAAUCACAUACACUUCCGUUUGCGCACCGAAAGAACAUUGCACGCCUUGCCCUCAACCCUCGCGGAAACCUCCUCCUCUCCGUCGACGAAGAUGGUCGCGCCGUCCUUACCAAUGUCCCUCGUCGCAUCGUACUCUACCACUUCUCUCUCCGCGGCGAAGUCACUUCGAUCGCUUUCUCGCCCUCAGGCCGGCAUUUCGCAGUAGGCAUAGGAAGGCAGAUUGAAGUAUGGCACACACCCUCUACUCCAGACGUUGCAGACGGCGAUUUAGAGUUUGCGCCUUUCGUGCGACACCGCAUAUACACAGGACACUACAAUAAUGUCCAGAGCAUAGAGUGGUCGAGUGACUCGAGGUUCUUCCUAAGCGCAUCCAAAGAUAUGACGGCGCGGAUAUGGAGUGUAGACCAGGAAGAAGGCCACGCGCAGACCACACUGGGUGGACACAGACAGGAGGUAGUUGGCGCAUGGUUCUCCAAGGAUCAAGAGACCAUCUACACAGUCAGCAAGGACGGAGCCUUGUUCGUAUGGAAAUACAUGUUGCGGUACGAUGCGCCAGCCGACGCCGAUGACAACGACGACGAGAACCUGCAGUGGGGCAUCGCGGAACGCCACUUCUUCCACCAGAACAACGCGCACGUCACAUGCGCCAGCUUCCACCCCGAGUCGAAACUACUCGUCACAGGCUUCUCCCACGGUGCCUUCUUCAUCCACGAGCUGCCAGAGUUCGCUCAAAUCUCCAGCCUCAGCAUUUCGCAAAAUGACAUUGACUAUGUCGCUAUUAACAAGACCGGAGAAUGGCUGGCUUUUGGCGCUUCCAAGCUCGGACAGCUGCUUGUUUGGGAAUGGCAGUCGGAAUCAUACAUUCUGAAGCAGCAGGGACACUUUGACUCGAUGAACACAAUCGCAUACUCGCCAGACGGCCAACGGAUAAUAACGGCAGCAGACGACGGAAAGAUCAAAGUGUGGGAAGUCAAUUCCGGUUUCUGUGUCGUCACAUUCACUGAACACAUGGGUGGUGUGACAGCCUGCGAAUUCGCGAAGAAGGGCAACGUCUUGUUCACGGCCAGUCUUGAUGGUUCCGUCAGGGCGUGGGAUCUCCAUCGCUAUCGUAACUUCCGCACAUUCACAGCUCCCUCAAGACUUUCAUUCUCGUCCCUAGCCGUUGACCCGAGCGGUGAGGUCGUCUGCGCAGGCUCCAUCGACUCUUUCGAUAUCCACAUUUGGUCCGUUCAGACUGGCCAGCUGCUCGAUAGGCUGUCUGGUCACGAGGGCCCUGUAUCGUCCCUGGCAUUUUCCCCAGAUGCAGGCACGCUGGUGAGUGGAAGUUGGGACAGGACUGUCCGCGUCUGGAACAUCUUUGCUCGCACGCAAACAAGCGAGCCGCUGCAACUCAUGGCGGACAUUCUAUCCGUUGCUUUCCGACCUGACUCAAAGCAAAUAGCCGUCACGACCCUUGACGGACAGCUCACAUUUUGGAACGUGUCCGAUGCCGCACAGGAGAACGGGCUCGAUGCGCGAAGGGAUGUCUCUGGUGGUCGCAAGAUGUCCGAUCGACGAACAGCAGCCAAUGUGGCAGGCACCAAAGCUUUUACGUCGGUCAAGUACAGUGCAGAUGGUACGUGUGUACUAGCAGGCGGCAACAGCAAGUACAUAUGUCUGUACGAUGUUCAGUCCGGCGUAUUGCUCAAGAAGUUCACUGUAUCCGUGAACCUUUCUCUUGAUGGCACUCAAGAGUUCCUCAACAGCAAGCUGCUCACAGAUGCCGGGCCACAGGGUCUUAUCGACGACCAAGGCGAGGCGUCAGACCUGGAAGACCGUCGGGAUACAACACUCCCUGGCGCGCAAAAAGGCAUUGGCGCACGGAGAACACGACCUGAGAUACGAGUACCCGCUGUCGCAUUCUCGCCAACUGGCCGAGCGUUCUGCGCUGCUUCAACAGAAGGUUUACUAAUCUACUCACUCGACAACACGUUCCAAUUUGAUCCGUUCGACCUAGACAUUACCGUCACCCCAGCCACAACUCUCGAGACUCUUGCGCAAAAGGACUAUCUCAAAGCGUUAGUAAUGGCCUUCCGCCUCAACGAGCGCAAUCUCGUCCGUCGUGUAUACGAGGCUACACCCGUGAGCAACGUCGCUUUGGUAGUCAAAGACCUGCCUUCAGUCUAUCUAGGCCGUCUGCUACGAUUCGUCGCUCUCCAGGCUGACGAGUCCCCACAUCUUGAGUUCAACCUGGUGUGGAUCGAGUCACUCCUCAGCAAGCAUGGCCGAUGGAUGAAGGACAACAAGGGUGGCCUUGAGGCUGAACUAAGAAGUGUCGAGAAGGCUGUUCGCAGGAUACAAGCUGAGCUGGCCAGGCUGGCUGAUGAGAAUGUAUAUCGCAUUGAAUAUCUUCUGGCACAGCCACCAGAGAAGAAAGAAAAGUCGGCGCAGCUUGAUUUUGGGGUCAAAGCCAUAGCAGAUGGGAUAACGGAUGAAGAGAUGGUUGAUAGCGACGAAGGCGAAGACGUUGGCGAGUGGCUGGGAUUUGAAGAGUGA